CCCAGCCCACCCCUCACCACUUAGCCCAAUGCCCCAAUCCACCCUCACCCGUAUGUUGACAAAAAAAAAGAAUCCACAGAGAAAGGAUGCAGAAGAGUGCAAGAGCCGAUAGCAGAAGAAAGGACGCCGAAGAAACGACGCUGGCACGCCGCCGAACGCCGACCUCCACCCUUCAGAUGCAGAUCCAGAAGCCUUCAUUUUUCAAGAUCUUAUUGGGCGACUUCGCCACUGUUCUCCGUUUGCCGCUGCUGUUUGUGGAGGUUUACGGGGAGAGGCUUUCGCCGACGGUGUCACUCGCCACCGGCGCAUCGCCGGAGAAAUCAUGGGCGGUGAAGGUCGAGAAGAGCGGCGAUCAUUGGGUGUUGGGAGAUGGUUGGUCGGCUUUUGUGAAGGGGAACCGUUUGGAAGCAGGGGAUUUCGCUAUUUUCUGGCUGAUGGAUAAUUGGUCUACCUUCAAGGUCCGGCUCUAUGACUGCACUUGCUGCGAUAAGCAACUUUCUUCCAGAUUCUUCUCCCCUGGUGGAUUUCCUGGAUUAGAAGAGACUGAAUGCAUCCAGACUGAAAUGAUGUGCGAAGACUGAUGUGCGCUUGUAACUACUGGCGUCUUUGAAGAAGAGAGAAGGCUGACACGCCCAGGUAAUUGUAGAAGAAAAUUAUAGAAGAGAGAAGGCCUAUUUGAUUGAAGAUGCUUGACAUUCUUUGUCCUUUUCUUGGAUUCGGGU